AUGAAAAUUAUAGUUCAUGUACUAAAUUUUUUUGUUCUACACUCUGCAGAAAACUUUAGGGCUCUUUGUACAGGUGAAAAAGGUGUCGGGUCCAAUGGCAAACCUCUUCACUAUAAGGGAACACCAUUCCAUCGUAUUAUCCCUGGCUUCAUGAUUCAGGGCGGUGACAUAGUUAGAGGUGACGGCAAAGGGAGUGAGUCUAUAUAUGGAGGCAUCUUCCCAGAUGAGAAUUUCACUGUAAAACAUACACAUCCAGGGGUUGUUGCUAUGGCGAAUUCUGGACUUGAUUCUAAUGGAUCUCAGUUUUACAUAACUACUAUCAAGACAAGCUGGUUGGAUGGGGAGCAUGUUGUCUUCGGCAGGGUGAUCCAAGGAAUGGAUACCGUGUACGCCAUAGAAGGGGGCGCUGGGACUUACAAUGGCAAGCCAAGGAAGAAGGCGGUGAUCACCGACGCUGGUGAGAUACCCAAGGAGAAAUGGGGUGAUCAGGAAGCGUAGGGUGUUUUCGACUUCUUGUCACCAUGCCAUUUUCAAAUCAGGUAGCCAUAUACUUCUUUUUUCCUUGACCUCCAUGGUGUGCCACGGUUCAGCAAGACUUCUGGAAUGUUGUAUAUCGUAGCUAGCUUAUGGUCAGUCGAAUUGACUCUGAUCCCUUGAGUUGUGAUGUGGAGACACAUACAUCUGAAAAAUCUUUAGGCCAUGUUCGGUUAGGGUGGACUGAAGGGGAUUAAAUUUCCUUCCAUUCAAAUUUGAAUUCAAAUGAAUAGGAGGGAGUUGUUCGCUUCGGAUUAAAGCUAAAUGUUUGGACUGUUGUAGCUGUAAUCUAUACAGACAAAAAUAUUGUAGAAGUGUUGUUUCAUUUCAAGGAAGAGAACACGUCGUGAAAGAUUAGAUAUAAAAA